GGUCCCCCCCGCGCUGAGCGGGGGCCGGGCCGGGCGGGAGCGGCGGCGCUGGGCGGGCGGCGGCGGCGGCGGCUCGGCCCCGGGUGCCCCAGGGCCGCCUGGAGCCGGAGGCUUCCCCGCGGCUCCUGCCGAGCGCGGAGCAUCCUUCCCCCGGCAGCCGGGCUGGCACCGGCACCGGCAUCACCAUCGGCACCGGCAUCACCAUCGACACCGGCGCUGACACCGGAAUCAGCAUCAACAGCGGCACCGGCAUCGCCCCCGGCACCGACAUCCAUCGCCCCCGGCACCGGCAGCGGCAUCAACACCGGCUCCGGCAGCAGCAUCACCUUCGGUGUCACCAUCACCACCGGCCUCGGCACCGGUACCGGGAUCUCUGCUGGCACCAGCCCUCCCCGCAGCUGUGGCCACCCCUCCUGUGCACACAGUGCCUGCGCCCAAGGACCUUGGCUCGUCCUCGCUGCAGUGACUCCCAGCAGGGAUUCCCAGUGACUCCCAGUGACUCCCAGUGACUCCCAGCACUGAUUCCCAGCAGGAGUUCCCAGCGGGACACCGGUCAGAGCCAGAGGGGACCCAGCCAGGACGGAUCCCUGUCCCCUGUGGUGUCCCUCACCCGGGCACGGGGCAGAGGCGGUGCCAGGCCAGGCUGGAGGGUGCCCGGGUUAGCAUGACCGAGGUGGAACCCGUGCUGGACUUCGCAUCCUCCGGCAGGACGGGCCGGCGCAAUGCCCUGCCCGACAUCCUGGGCUCGCCCGCCGGCGUCAGCCCCGCCGACCUGCCCCUCAAACUGGCCGAGAUGUCCCUGAGCGCAGGCAGCGCCCAGGACAUGCAGUCGCCCUCAGCGGAGGUGCCCCCUCCGCAGCCCCCCAGCCCCGAGCUGAAGGACACGUCCUAACCCCGCCUGGGGGACAUUUGUGACCGGCGGAGGAAGGAGGAGGCCGUGGGCCACCAGCCCAGCUUUCCUGGCUCAGCCGGAGUCCGCUGGGAUUUCCUCGGUGCUGCCGCAGCGACACCCUGGAGCGUCCCCCCGGCCAUGGGGGAGCAGCGCGUGGCGGGGACAUGGAGGGGACAUGGAGGGGACCUGCCGUGACCAAGGGGCGAUUCCCACCCACGCCCUGGGCCAGGACUCGGGGUGGGUGGGAUGUUUUGGCCUCCCCAAACAGGGGAGGAAUAUUUUUCUUCUGGGGCAUUUGGCGGAGCCGAGCGCGGGGGGGUCCCGGGGGGGCCCUCCUGGCCGCAGGAGCAGCCCCGGGUGUUUCUUGCUGAGUGUGGUGUUCACUGUGAUGUUUUUGGGUA